CCCUUCUCUAAACCCUUUCUCUCUCUCACACACACAUUUCCUGUUCCACUCAUCCUUUCUUCACAUUUCACCGAUUGCGUUCUUCCAGUGCUCUUUCCAUGGGUAGCCAAGCCGCGGUUUCGUUCCUCACGAACAUUGCACGCGCCGCUUUUGGGCUCGGCGCGGCUGCAACUGUCCUUAACUCGAGUCUCUACACCGUCGACGGUGGCCAACGGGCAGUCCUCUUCGACCGUUUCCGGGGCAUUCUUGAUGAAACCGUCGGGGAGGGCACUCAUUUUCUUAUCCCUUGGGUACAGAAGCCUUACAUUUUUGACAUUCGCACUCGACCUCACACUUUCUCUUCCAUCUCUGGAACCAAGGACUUGCAGAUGGUCAACCUCACCUUGCGUUUGCUCUCUCGUCCCGACACCUCUCGCCUCCCCGUGAUUGUACAGAAUCUUGGUCUGGAAUAUGAUGAGAAGGUUCUUCCGUCCAUUGGAAAUGAAGUUCUGAAAGCCGUGGUUGCACAAUUCAAUGCUGAUCAGCUCUUGACGGAGCGUCCCCAUGUUUCAGCACUUGUUCGUGAGAGUUUGAUCCGGCGAGCUAAGGAUUUCAACAUUGUUCUUGAUGAUGUUGCUAUCACGCAUUUGUCAUAUGGACAUGAAUUUUCAAGGGCUGUGGAGCAGAAGCAGGUGGCGCAACAAGAGGCAGAGAGGUCCAAGUUCGUGGUGAUGAAGGCGGAGCAGGAAAGAAGGGCUGCCAUUAUUAGAGCAGAGGGAGAGAGUGAAUCUGCGAAACUAAUUUCAGAUGCGACAUCGUCUGCGGGUACAGGGCUGAUUGAACUUCGUAGGAUUGAGGCAUCCAGGGAGGUGGCGUCUACAUUGGCCAAGUCGCCUAACGUAUCUUAUCUGCCCGGUGGGCAGAACUUGCUCAUGGCUCUUAAUGCUUCACGUUGAUGCUGGAUCCAGUGAUGUGGUUCGUGGCAAGCUUGGAUUAUUGUUUUCCUAGUUGUCGUUUGUUGAAAGAAAAAUUUGCUCCCGCCCCUCAUUUUUUUCAAGUGACUUACGCGGCCCUACACUGUGGAGACUGAAUAUGAAAAUAAGUCAAUCUUGUUAAGGAAAAAAAAUUAGGAAUGAAUAUGAUAUGAAUUUCAUGUUUUGUUGAAUGGGUUCUCUUAACUGUAGAACCAUGACCAUGUGCCAAAAAUACGUUCCAAGGUAGGAGAUUAAUUUGAAUAUUUGCUUCUAUGCCUUA